AUCGACUAGUGGUUUGUGGUCAUCUACAUACAUAGUAUCUGGAAAGUUCACGUUUCCGCAGCGUCAUUUCACAGCACUGUAGGUAUGGUAAGUGCUUUCCUCCAUUGGGUGAUAUAAAUGAAACCAAACCAAAAAAACAGAAACUGGAUUUAUAAUGUAGUUGAGGCAGUAAAGAAACUCUCAGAGCAAGUAUCUCAGUAGCUGUUUGGAUUACAGUUAGAAAGUAUACAGCUGGAGAGCAGAAUCACAUUACUCCAGCGUCUGAUCUGAUGUCUGCUGGAGAAGCCUGUCUGGUCAUGCGGAUUGCCUCAUAACAUUUUCUGAUUGAUGCUGAUAGAUGACAUCAUAUCCUUGUGCAAGCAAACAGGAAAAUGCGUCUGCGUGCUUGAACAGGGGAUUUACCACUUCCUCCUCUGCUACCUUCUACUUUCCGGUGAAGAGAAAGGCAGAACUGUAUUCAGAUCAGCUUCGAUUAUUCUCAGUGGUCUGACAAGACCUAAAAGGAAAUCACGUGACGAAAAGGAGAAGUUAAACGUCCUUAUCUGAUAAUCUUGAUUUGACUUAUUUAGGCCUAGUUUAAAGUUCACACAGUCCAGAUCCAAAGGAUGGAGAGUGCAAAUGCCAGUGUCUGUGUUGUCAAUGACAACAUGGUGCCCUUCGCCACAGUCUACAUCCUCAUCUUCCUGAUUGGAAUGACUGCCAGCCUGGUGGCGCUGUGGGCCUUCAUAACCAGCCGAAGUGCUAAAAAGUGCAUUAAUGUUUACCUCAUCAAUCUUCUAACGUCUGACUUCCUCCUCAUGUUGGCAUUACCUGUCAAGAUUGCCAAAGAUCUGGGCAACGAUUCCAAGAGUUUGACCAUCUUUUACUGCCAAGUGAGUGCGCCGCUCAUCUACAUCAACAUGUAUGCAUCUAUCAUCUUUCUAGCUUUUGUAAGCGUACAGCGCUAUCUUCAGAUCACCCGCAGCUCCAAACUGCUACGAUUGCAGGAAGUGGGCUUUGCGGUGCUGAUGUCUUUGGUGGUCUGGUUCCUGGUGCUCUUCAUCAACGUGCCCAACAUGGCCAUCCCUAUCAAAGAAAACAUUGAAGACAAAGUUAGGCUAACAUGUUCAGACUUAAAAGGUGAUUUGGGCAAGCACUGGCACGCUUUGUCUGUGUUUCUGGGCAUGGCCAUCUUCUUCAACUCCUCUGUGGCGGUGCUGUUGUCCAAUGGAUUGGUCUUGAAGCGGCUCUGGGGUCGGCGUGAAUCUGACCCUGAGGAACAGGAUAAUGCCCAACAUGCCUUCAUAAACAUUGCAUUGGUGACCUUGGCAUAUGUGGUGUGCUUCGUGCCUUACCACAUUGUGCGUAUGCCGUACACGUUUACUCAGAUAAAGGUCAUCACAGAAUGUGCAUUAAAGAAGAGUCUCUUCCUGGCUAAAGAGUCGACUCUUCUCCUCGCCAUCCUGCACCUGUGCUUCGACCCAGUGCUGUACUUUGUCAUCUGCCGUGCGUUCAGGCAUCAGAUCACAAAGGCCUUUUCAAAGAGAGGCAGUGUUCCCACCACAGACACAGAGUCAUAAUUCAACCGGAGGAGAGUUAUGCACCAAGUACCAGUGCUGAAUGUCAAUGUAAGGUCAAGAAAGAGUUUCUUGAGAAACUGGGUAUAGGUAAUGUAGGAAAAUCAAUAAAAAAAAAAGCAGAAGACUGAAGUCUGUGGAGAAGGACCUUUUGCCCAUAACGGCCCAAAAAAAAAGAAUUCAGAUGAAAUUCUACUUCAUAAACAUUUUGGAGCAAAAUUUGUAUAUAUGUAUACAUAAUCUUUCUAAUAUGACUAAAUCUACAGAAGGUGGACUUUACAGGGAUGCUCAGAGUGUUAGUUAUAACCAAGAGCCAGGACUACAUCACCUCGAGGACAACCGCACAUCAAGCAUGAAAUGAAUGUUUUUAGUGAUAUUUAUUGAUAAUUAAUUGGGAUAUUAUUUGUAUAAUUUGUAUUCCAUAUCCCAAAUUCCUAAUCAAAAAAUCUAAAAAUGAAGUGUGUUUCUGACAUUGUGAGGGUUGAU